GAUCUGCUUGGUAUCCCUCCGCCGGGGUCACCCCCUCCCCUCCGUGGUAGCAGGAACUAAUUCCCCUUCGGGUCACCCGGGACCUGGAGCUGGAAAUUUCACGGAUCAGGGUUCCCUGAGACCCUUGGAAGAGGGGACGAUCGCCCCAAGUUAGAAAUCCUUCUGCCAGCUCAUAAGCGUGGUUCAAUUUAAACUAGGGUUUUGGCCCCUUGACCCCAACCAAGCCCCGCCCCUUCCUGGUUGUCUUAGCGACGGCAGUGGCGUCCCAAGAUGGCGUCGUGGCUGCCGGAGACUCUCUUUGAAACUGUAGGACAAGGCCCGCCGCCGAGCAAAGACUAUUACCAGUUACUGGUCACCCGGUCUCAGGUAAUCUAUAGAUGGUGGAAGAUCUCUCUAAGGAGUGAGUAUCGAUCAACAAAACCUGGAGAAGCAAAAGAAACCCAUGAAGACUUCCUAGAGAAUUCACAUCUUCAAGGUCAAACUGCCUUAAUAUUUGGUGCAAGAAUAUUAGACUAUGUCAUCAAUUUGUGCAAAGGUAAAUUUGACUUCCUUGAACGGCUCUCAGACGAUUUGCUCCUGAAUAUCAUUUCUUAUCUGGAUCUUGAAGAUAUUGCCAGGCUUUGUCAAACAUCACACAGAUUUGCAAAGAAUGAGGUCCACGGUCGUAGCCAGCACAGCCACGGGGCCCUUGCCCUGCCUCCUGCCACCCUCUGCCCAGCCAGGUCAGCUCCUUGCAGCUCUCUGUGUGCUGUGCUCUACUGUGCCUUUUGCCUUUGCUUACUCUGCUCUCUUUUCCAGGAAUAUUCUCCUCCUGACUCAUCCACCACCGGGACCUCCCAAAUGCCCCUUGAUUGGCUUUUGUACUUGCUUGCCCCACCCCCUUCACUUGUCUCCCUGCCAAGCUCAAGGGCAAGGAUUGUGUCACCUAAUUUCAUAUACCCACCUUACCAGAGCAUCUAGCCCAGAGUUACCUCUCCGAAAACGGUGGUUGAAUGCUUCCGUAUCAAUUUUGUUUAUAUUUUUGUAGAAGAAAGUUGACGUCCAUUGCAAUGGUCAGAUUGGAAAUGUUUAAAAAUUAUGUAUCCUUGUAUAUAAACUAAAAAGUUAUUGCCCCUCCCAGUCCUGACCCUCAUUCCUCUGAUUCUCAUCUCUUGUGGCAACCAUAUUAACUGUGUUUUGUAUGUCCUUCCAGAGAUAUUCUACACGUGUAGAGCCAUAUGUGUGUGGGAUGUGCAAGUACAUAUACCGGUACAUACACCCUUCUAAAAAGCAUGUGGUAACAUAUUAUAUAUUGUUCUUCAUCUGUUUUUUUCCUACUUCACAACAUAUUUUAGACACUUUUAAAAUAUCAGUACCGGCCAGGCAUGGUGGCUCACGCCUGUAAUCCCAUCACUUUGGGAGGCUGAGGCAGGUGGAUCACUUGAGGUGAGGAGUUUGAGACCAGUCUGACCAACAUGGUGAAACCUCAUCUCUACUAAAAAUACAAAAUUAGCUGGGCAUGGUGGCACACACCUGUAAUCCCAGCUACUUGGGAGGCUGAGGCAGGAGAAUCGCUUGAACCCGGGAGGCAGAGUUUGCAGAGCCGAGAUUAAGCCAUUGCACUCCAGUCUUGGCAAUAAGAGUGGAACUCCAUCUCAAAAAUAAAAUAAAACAUCAGUACCCAUCAAUCUUCCUCCAUUUAAAAAAUUGCCAUAGGAUAUCAACGCAUAGACAGAUUAUUUAUUUAUUUAUUUAUUUAUUUUCCUGAGACAGGGUCAUCUUGCUGUGUCACUCCGGCAGGAGUGUGGUGGCACAAACACGGCUCACUGCAGCCUUCACCUCCUGGGCUCAAGCAGUCCUCCCACCUCGGCCUCUCAAAUGGCUGGGACUACAGGUGCACACCACCACACCUGGCUAAUUUUUGUGUUUUUUGUAGAGACUGGGUCUUGCUAUCUUGCCUUAGCUGGUCUCAAACUCUUGGGCUCCAGCAAUCCUCCUGCCUUGGCCUUCCAAAGUGCUGGGAUUACAGGUGUGAGCCGCCACACACAGCGUAGAUAAUUUAUUUAACCAGAUUUUUUGUUUCCCCUCUUAUUUAUAAAUGAUGCUCUAUACUUUAUAUAUAAUUUGCAUUUCAUGUUUAUCUGUAGAAAAAAAUUGUAUAAGUGUAACUGUUUAAAAUAAUCAAAGAAAUGUAUUGAAAUAUGCAUGAUAUAGGUAGUGUACUGGGACUAUAAUAUGCGCCUCCAUGCAUAUGGAAAAAAGGAAAUAAGUGUGCACCUUGGGUCACAGACUGUAACAUUCCUUCCUUCCUUCCUUCGUUUAUUCAUUCAUUCAUUUAUUUGAGAUGGAGUCUCACUCUGUUACUCAGGUCGGAGUGCAGUGGCACGAUCUUCAUUCAUUGCAGCCUCCGCCUCCCAGAUUCCAGUGAUUCUCCUGCCUCAGCCUCCUGAGUAGCUGGGAUUACGGGUGCCCUCCUCCAUACCUGGCUAAUUUUUGUAUUUUUAGUAGAAAUGGGUUUCACCAUUUUGGCCAGGCUGAUCUUGAACUCCUGACCUCAAGUGAUCUGCCUACCUCAGCCUCCCAAAGUACUGAGAUUACAGACGUGAGCCACCACGCCCAGCCCAUAAGAAUAUUUAUUGAGCACUUAUUGUAUGUCUAGCAUUCCACUAAGUUUUCUAAUUACAUUUUUUAUUUAGUUCUCAUAGAAAUCUUUAGAUGUAGAUACUAUUAUUAUCCUUAUUCUAUUUUAUUUUAUUUUAGUUUUGUUUUUUGAGACAGAGUCUUGCUCUGUUGCCUAGGCUGGCGCAAUCUUGGCUUACUGUAACCUCCGCCUCCUGGGUUCAAGCAAUUCUCCUGCCUCAGCCUCCCAAGUAGCUGAGACUCUAGGUACAUGCCACCACGCCCAGCUAAUUUUCGUAUUUUUAGUAGAGGCGGGGUUUCGCCAUGUUGGUCAGGCUGGUCUCUUAACUUCUUACCUCAGGUGAUCCGCCCACCUCCGCCUCCCAAAGUGCUGGAAUUACAGGUGUGAGCCACUGUGCCCGGCCAUCCUAUUCAUAAGGAAGCUAAAAAUCAACAAGUCUAACUGAUGUGCCCGAGGUCAUAUGGCCAGGGAGUUUCCCUCAGGCACCUGACUGCUGGACCGACUGAUAUAUGGAUACACUUCAGGUCUGUGUGCAGUCAGUACAUAAUUACUGAGCCCCUGCUGUGGGCCGGACACAGUGGUAGGUUCUGGGGACUUCAAGGUGAAAAGAUGCACGUGUCCCUGCCUUUAAGGAGCUUACAUUCUUGAGCAGAGCAAAGGAAGAAUAUGGCUGGAAAUGAAGUGGGAGGGGCUGGGGAGUAGCAGGCAGAUCUGCAGGCACAUGGUCAAGGUGUUGUUUUCAUGGAGACUGUUAAAGAGUGCGGUGUGCAGGGUCACCUCUACGAGACAGAAAGGCUCCCACGGCCAGACCUGACUCCGUAGUAUCGCUUCUGCCUUAGAAGCAUAAAGACACAUGCCAAGAACCAGACUGUGUGGGGACACUCUGUGAAAGGGGCCCCAGCCUGGGGAGUCCAUGGUGCUAUUCCACAGUUGAGGAUGGAAGUAUCCAGUUAUACUUAAUGCCACCAGCAAUCAGGAUCAUCCAGCUGUCUGCCUUUGCUCUGAUUCUAUGUUGACCAAGGCCUGGAGCCUGCAGCUUGGAGCUGUGGAUGAGCAACCAGUAUACUGGAAAGUAGAGCUCCACACCUGUCAGGGUGGGGCCAGUCUCGGACUGAGGCAAGUUCACCAAGGUGUGCUGCCAUUUGGGCACCUGCCUGGGGGCCUAGUGGCUUGCCCCUGAUAGCACCAGCCUUGAUGCUAUCCAUUUUCUCCGAAAUGCAGCAGAGCAAGUGUGGAGAAACCGCCAAUGCAGCUAGAUGAGAAGGCUGAGGCCCAGGUCGGGAAAGAGUCGGUCAUGACAGGCAUAUAAAACACAUUCAUCCUGGUUGUGACUCAGGAAUCACCAGGAGAACCACUCAGGAAGAAAAGCACUCCUCUGUCCCUUGUUGGCUGUGGAGAGACAGAUUUUUCCCUCAUGUCUACAAACCCCCUAUGAUCAUAAUUCCCAUGUCUGGCCAAGCAGGUGAAGCCUCUGGGGCACAGGUGGAAACACAGAUGCCAGGCCCAUCCCCUGAGCAUCUGGCUUGGUAGAUCUGAGGUG